GAUGAUAAAAGGGUGAGUUUGUUUGCUCUUUUGGUUCCUUAGUGCUUUAGCAUCCUCUCCCUUCUCCAAUCCUAAAUUUCUUAUUCAUCAUUAGUUUGGGUGUUUCUUUUAGACCCAAAGAGCUUCUCAUCCUCUCUUCCAACCUUCAAUUCUCUUCACAAAAGCCCCUCUCCUACACUUUAUCAUCUUCUUUUAUACUUAUUGCUUGUAAGAAAGGUGAUUCUACUGUAAAGUGAUGGCAUUAGAAGCUGUGGUUUAUCCAAAAGACUACAACCCAUUUAGCUAUGUGUCCAAAGACUUCUACUCCCUUGCGAACUGGGGCUAUGAUUUUAGCUUACAAGAGGAUCCUCAAGACAAAGCCCUCGUUGGACUUCUUGAUCAUCAGAACAACAACAUACAGCACCACCAACAAGGCGGUCUCGAUGAAAAUUGGGACUAUAACUGCUCAUCAUCUGCUCCUUCAUUUCUGCAUAAUGUGAAGGAAUGGGAUCCUCCUCAUUCCUCACCCGAGGCCCUGGAAACACCGCCACCGCCACCGCCACAGGCAACAACAGGUAGACGCAAACGCCGUCGUACCAGAAGCAGCAAGAACAAAGAAGAAAUGGAGAACCAACGCAUGACCCACAUUGUAGUAGAGCGCAACCGCCGCAAGCAAAUGAACGAGUACCUCGCCGUCCUCCGCUCUUUGAUGCCAACUUCUUAUGUUCAAAGGGGAGAUCAAGCAUCAAUUAUUGGGGGAGCUAUCAACUUUGUGAAGGAGCUAGAGCAACUGUUGCAGUCCAUGGACGGCAGCCAUAAGAGGACCAGCAAGCCGGAACAAGUACCUUUGGCUGAGUUCUUCACCUACCCACAGUUCUCCACGUAUGCAACAACACAGUGUAUCAGAAACUCUUCUUCAUCUUCUUCAUCAUCAUCUGGGUGUAUCCAAGUAAACGACGAGCCGUCCAUGGCUCCUCGGAGCAACAAUAACAACGACAACCAGUGGCCAGCUGCAGACAUAGAAGUGACCAUGGUGGACAGCCAUGCCAAUCUUAAGAUAUUGUCCAAGAAGAGGCCGAGGCAGUUGUUGAAGAUGGUGGCCGGGUUUCAGAGUCUUAGGCUCACUGUCCUUCACCUCAAUGUCACCACUGUUGAUGAAAUGGUCCUCUAUUCUGUUAGUGUUAAGAUGGAAGAAGGAUGCAUGCUUAACACGGUGGAUGAAAUCGCAGCUGCUGUGAAUGAAAUGCUGCGCAGAAUUCAAGAAGCUAGUAUUAGCUGAAGUGAUUUUCGAAAAUGGAAAAUCCUCUUUCUUUUAUUUUUUCCCUGAGUGGAUUCCAUUUUUCUUUUUUCUUUUAACCUUCUUUUGUAAGGUCCUUUUCUGAUCAUUUACUGUACAAUGUG